UCUUUCCCUUGAAACCUUAAUUUGGUAUUAAAGGGACAGUAAAGGCAAAACUAAACUUUCAUGAUUCAGAUAGGGCAGUAAUUUUAAAACAACUUUCUAAUUUACUUUUAUCAUCAACUUUGCUUUGUUCCCUUGGUGGUAUUUUUGAAAAGCUAAACCUAGCUAGGCUCAAACUGAUUUCUAAACCGUUGAAAACCGCCUCCUAGCUCAGAGUAUUUUGAAAGUUUUUCACAGUUAGACAGUGUUAGUUCAUGUGUGUCAUAUAGAUAACAUUGUGCUCACUUCCGUGAAGUUAUUUAGGAGUCUUCACUGAUUGACUACACUGCAUGUCUGUCAAAGGCACUUAGAUAAGGAGGCAGUCUGCAGAGGAUUAGAUACAAGGUAAUCACAGAGGUAAAAAGUAUAUUAAUAUAACUGAGAUAAGGAGCAGUCUGCAGAGGCUUAGAUACAGGGUAAUCACAGAGGUAAAAAGUAUAUUAAUAUAACUGAGAUAAGGGGCAGUCUGCAGAGGCUUAGAUACAAGGUAAUCACAGAGGUAAAAAGUAUAUUAAUAUAACUGAGAUAAGGGGCAGUCUGCAGAGGCUUAGAUACAAGGAGUCUUCACUGAUUGACUACACUGCAUGUCUGUCAAAGGCACUUAGAUAAGGAGGCAGUCUGCAGAGGAUUAGAUACAAGGUAAUCACAGAGGUAAAAAGUAUAUUAAUAUAACUGAGAUAAGGAGCAGUCUGCAGAGGCUUAGAUACAGGGUAAUCACAGAGGUAAAAAGUAUAUUAAUAUAACUGAGAUAAGGGGCAGUCUGCAGAGGCUUAGAUACAAGGUAAUCACAGAGGUAAAAAGUAUAUUAAUAUAACUGAGAUAAGGGGCAGUCUGCAGAGGCUUAGAUACAAGGUAAUCACAGAGGUAAAAAAUAUAUUAAUAUAACUGAGAUAAGGGGCAGUCUGCAGAGGCUUAGAUACAAGGUAAUCACAGUGGUAAAAAGUAUAUUAAUAUAACUGAGAUAAGGAGGCAGUCUGCAGAGGAUUAGAUACAAGGUAAUCACAUAGGUAAAAAGUAUAUUAAUAUAACUGAGAUAAGGGGGCUGUCUGCAAAGGCUUAGAUACAAGGUAAUCACAUAGGUAAAAAGUAUAUUAAUAUAACUGAGAUAAGGGGGCUGUCUGCAAAGGCUUAGAUACAAGAUAAUCACAGAGGUAAAAAGUAUAUUAAUAUAACUGAGAUAAGGGACAGUCUGCAGAGGCUUAGAUACAAGGUAAUCAGAGGUAAAAAGUAUAUUAAUAUAACUGAGAUAAGGGUCAGUCUGCAGAGGCUUAGAUACAAGGUAAUUACAGAGGUAAAAAGUAUAUUAAUAUAAUUGAGAUAAGGAGCAGUCUGCAGAGGAUUAGAUAAAAGGUAAUCACAGAGGUAAAAAGUAUAUUAAUAUAACUGAGAUAAGGAGCAGUCUGCAGAGGCUUAGAUACAAGGUAAUCACAGAGUUAAAAAGUAUAUUAAUAUAACUGAGAUAAGGAACAGUCUGCAGAGGCUUAGAUACAAGGUAAUCACAGAGGUAAAAAGUAUAUUAAUAUAACGGAGAUAAGGGUCAGUCUGCAGAGGCUUAGAUACAGGGUAAUCACAGAGGUAAAAAUUAUAUUAAUAUAACUGAGAUAAGGGGCAGUCUGCAGAGACUUAGAUACAAGGUAAUCACAGAGGUAAAAAGUAUAUUAAUAUAACUGAGAUAAGGGGCAGUCUGCAGAGGCUUAGAUACAAGGUAAUCACAGAGGUAAACAGUAUAUUAAUAUAACCGAGAUAAGGAGCAGUCUGCAGAGCCUUAGAUACAAGGUAAUCACAGAGGUAAAAAGUAUAUUAAUAUAACUGUGUUGGUUGUGCAAAAACGGGGAAUGGGUAAUAAAGGGAUUAUCUAUCUUUUUAAAUAAGAAAAAUGUUGGUGUAGACUGUCCCUUUAAGCCAUUUCUCAGAUCCACAAAAGUUUCAGAAAGCCAUAGCCAUAGCUUUUUUUUAUGUUUUGGUUUUUUUUGAGAAUGGAAAUCAAGGAUACAAAAGGGAGUACACAAUAUUGUUUCGGUACAUUCAGUGGACACUUGUUCCAUGUUUAUAGUCAUCAAAUACAUGCAAUGUCCCUUAUGUUCAUAUUAUUUAUCGUAGUAGGAAAUGACUGAAUAACUGAAAGUAAAAUGCGCUCACAGUGGUUCCACGGUGCCUGCCUUCUGUGAGCAGUUUGUGGAAGGGAGAAGGAGUUGAAAAAGAAGAGAAGGGGAGAAGAGUUAAAGAAAGGGGAAGAGGGAGAGGAGGUGAGAGGGUGCUGUGUUACUUCAUCAGUGGUGAAAGCGUCUAAUGCACACCUGAAGCUGGAGAAGUCUCCCCCAAAGCAUAUUACUGAUCAUUCAACUAGAUCCGUUUCUACUUCAUGGACUUUUAAAAACGAGGCUUCAGUAGAACAAAAGGCAGCAACAUGGUCAUUCCUACAUAUCUUUUACUAAAUUCUACCAUUUUGAUGUAUUUGCUUCUUUGGAAGUGACUUUUUGUAGAAAAGUCCUCCAGGCAGCAGUGUCUGGAACUAGGUGCCAGCCUUUUUUUCCAAAAUAUUUUUUUAUUCCUGAUUUAUUACUUAUGGACUCCACAUCUUGGGUAUUAGAUUCCCAGAAGAAAUGAACUUGUGGACUUUAACCACCUUUACGAAAGAAAGCUAAAGUGACAGAGGCCCACCCUUAUUUAUUUUGUGUUUUUUUUCCUUAUGGCGGCAGUUCUAGUCUUGCACUUCAUUUCCCUGUUCAGUACUUUCCUACCUUUCUACUGCGCCUAACUUGGCUAUAUGUAAGACUGGCUAAUCAGUGAGGUGAGAGGGAUAGAAUAGGGAUAGAGUUUUUGGGAAUCUUCGCCUCCUCUUAGUGGCCAGUAGUUGAAUCCCAGUAGUAAUGGACUUGUGAAUUCUCACCACCUCGAAGGAAAUUAAUUUAUCAGGUACGCAUAAAUUUCAUUUUUCCUAUUAAGCCAGGGUUGCAGUGGGGUGCACUGGGGGCCCUGCCAUGUCUGGCGAUGCAGAGGAGGUCACCCGUCUGCGCAAGCCGCGCUUCUCCUAUGAGGAGAACCAGAUACUUAUCCGAGAGGUGCGGGCACACUACCCCCUAUUAUAUGGUGCUCAAAGUCGACGGCUGAGUGUGGCAGAGCGCAGACGCUUGUGGGAGAGCAUUGCUGCCAAGAUCAAUGCUAUCACCAGCUGGAAACGCACUGCACAGGAGGUGCAGAAGCGUUGGAACGACUUCAAGAGAAGGACCAAAGAGAAGCUGGCAAGAGUCCCCCAUUCUACCCAGAGUGGAACAGCAGAGGAGGCACUCAGCGCAGAGGAGGAGACAAUUUUUGCCAUCCUGGGACCUGGUGUAAUGCCAGGAAGGGAGCACUAUAGCUCUGCCACACGGCUAAGUGUGAUGGAUAUUGCCCCAACAGGUCCUGGAUCCUCCAGCCCAGAGAACUCACUUAGCAUCCCUUGUGCUCCCACUGAAGCCUCUGUUCUCAUCCGCCCUAAAGAAUCUCCCUCCCCUUCGCCCCAGCUGCAUAUCGUUCAACUUUCUAACCUCACCCCAUCCCCAGAUCCAUCAGAGGGUCCCUCACCUCAGCUCCCAGAAUCUGGAUCACCAUUACUGACCCCAAAUGGGAUACACCAGCAUUAUGACCCAACUGUUGCCAUGUUGAGAGCCCAACAUGAGACAGCAGAGGCAAUACGGCACCUCACCUACACUCUACGCCAAAGCAUGGACCGCUUGACCAAUGUCCUCGCUGCCAUUCUUCCGCUUGUGCCAUCUCAGCCUGCUCCAUCUCCUGCCCCCUCUGAGAUCAUCUCGCCCAUCUACUUUCCCACAAAAACAGAGCCUGAGCCCUGCUGCCCUGUGUCCUAUGAGGUGGAAUCCCAAGGGGAACCCCAGGAAGUCAUAGAAGAGCCUCCACAUUCCCCAUCACCCUCUCCACCCAACAAGAGGAAGAGAUUUGGGUACACAACUUCCCGAAAGCGCAGAGGACGCUGGAAGCAUCUUUAGAAUAACAUUCUACCUUGUCCCAUCUCUAACCUACUCAGAACAUGAGGGUGCCACUUCAAACUCAAAGUUUUUUGUCCCCUCUCUCCAAUUCACCCAGCAGUAUCACCCGGCCCACGAGCAAUACGGUUGCCCUUUUGAACUAGAGCAUAAUGAGCUUCUUUGACACUCAAGCUCCUGGGACUUGCACAGCACAGGCGAUUCACAGCAUGAAAUCAGCUUUUCAUAGCCCCUCCACUUCACGUCUCCUUCCUAAGCUCGUCUUUGCUCCAGAGGAGCCAUGUUGAACCUGCGGCUUAUGCACAGCUUCAUACCUAAACAACAAGACUGUACAUUACAAAAAUGUCCUUAUAUGCAAGGUACUCUCCAACGUCACUGUCAUGUCCCACGUCUAUCACUUUUCAGCCUUUUGGUCAAUUUCUGAGUGUGCUUAUAGCAAUCACGGCAAGCCUGAGCUUGCUUGGUGCACAUGAGUUGCUGAGCAACACUGACUGAAUCCUUAAUUGCAGAUGACCGUGAAUAUACAAUAAUCAGGAAGUGGACAACUCAAAGAUUCUCCAGGACACCGGGGUUAUAUGUUACUCCAUUAUGUGCCUCCAAUUCCCAAGGGGGAUUCUGGGAAUCUUAUUGUCUCAAUUUAACUUAAUACCUACAAUUUACAUCCGCCUUUCUCUUUUUCCUCUUCUUCUAUCUCCUCUAACAUGCUCCAUAACCUCCUCUCUGUCACUGUCCCCUCUUCUCCUUCUUUCUGUCACUGUCACCUCUCCUCUCUGUCACUGUCCCCUCUCCUCCUUCUCUUUGUCACUGUCCCCUCUCCACCUUUUCUGUCACUGUCCCAUCUACUCCUUCUCUCUGUCACUGUCCCCUCUCCACCUUUUCUGUCAUUGUCCCCUCUACUCCUUCUCUCUGUCCCUUCUCCACCUUUUCUGUCACUGUCCCCUCCACUCCUUCUCUCUGUCACCUCUCCUCUCUGUCCCCUCUCCUCCUCCUCUCUCAUCCUUCUCUUUGUCACUGUCCCCUCUCCACCUCUUGGUCACUGUCCCCUCUCCUCAUUCUCUCUGUCACUGUCCCCUCUCCUCCUUCUCUUUGUCACUGUCCCCUCUCCUCCUUCUCUCUGUCACUGUCCCCUCUCCUCCUUCUCUCUGUCACUUUCCCCUCUCCUCCUUCUCUUUGUCACUGUCCCCUCUCUUCCUUCUCUCUGUCACUGUCCCCUCUCCUCCUCUCUGUCACUGUCACCUCUACCCUUCUCUCUGUCACUGUCCCCUCCCCUCCUUCUCUCUGUCACUGUCCCCUCUCCUCCUUCCCUCUGUAACUGUACCCUCUCAUUGCUGUCUGCUUCUUAGAACCUAUAAAUAUAUGUACUGUAUAUAUAUAAAUUCCCAUAAAAGCAAUAUAUUUGUAUCUAGAAUCGUAUACUUGCUGUAAAUAGCAACCACCCCUCACUGAGGGUUAAUUAGACACAUAGCAAUUAACGUGGGAGAAUUAAUUAUAUAUGUAAAUAAGUGCAUAUUAAAGAAAUUGUAUUUAUAAAUACUUGUUUUCAUUACAUGAAA